UUGAUUUUGCUUUGUUUCACACAACUUAUCCGUGUUGGCUUUUGCUUGAAUAUGCUUGCGUGUGAUCUUCGCAUGUUUGUUCAUUUGCAAUCUUAUUGUCGUUCGCUUUAGUUAUGAUAAAGACACAUUGGUUUCCACACCUUAUAAGCAUUGAGCGUGUAAACGCGUCGUUUCAUUGGAUUCCCCUUUUUAUUGAUCGCUAUAAUCUCUCUCUAUAAUUGGCUUUAAUGCUGCAUCCACGCCAAAAGCUGUCAGUAUAAAGGCCAAUUCACACCGCACGGACAAACGCCAACAAACAAGUCUGUUAGAGUUUGUUGGAUCAGUGUGUUGCCCUUAUCGGCGUUUGUUGCCGUUGGUCUGAGUUUUUCACCUUACUGAACAUGUUUAAUCGGCGUUUGUUGGGUCGUGGAAUGUCUGAACGGUGUGAUAUGAUUUUCCAACAAACGACAACAAACUCUGACGUAAUCUGACCUGGCCACGAUCCGUUGCCAUGACGAUGCGCAUACUUCCCUUAAAGCGAACUUCACCCGCGGCCUCUUUCUUUUUAUUCGCCGUUUUUAAAUCCGACCCGCCAGUCUCUUGCGUUUUAUGCAAAUGGGGAGGGAGGGAGGUUGAUGAUCCCGUAACCACAAUCAAAAUUUUACUAUUAUUAAUGUAUUUGCGUGUCAUUCGCGCGGUUACGUCACGUCCGUAAACACAAAGUCUGGCGCGUAGGGCUGUGGAAGGGGAAUGGUUUGUAGCUCUGUAGCUCGCCGCCACACUAAAUGAGGGUCAUUUUGGAAGUAGUUAGCAGGGAUUAUGGAUCGUUCUAAACGGAAAACUUCAACGACCUCUGGAGAAACGCCCGUGGUCAAGGCAAAGGCGCCACGAACCGCACAGAGCCUGCUAGCGAAACGGGAAAGCGACAGAGUUCGCGGUAAAACCAGAAUCAAUAUCGGCAGAGCGUUUGAGCGGUGGAGCCAGUUCAGAGAUCUCAAAGGAUUUCAGACCGACACAGAACUGGCUUUUUUCUUGCUGGACACGGUGUGUGGUGGGCAUCUUUUGCAAGACAAAUCCAGUGCGUCUUUGAGAAAGAGAGGAAGACCCCGGAAAUCAACAUUUGCAUCUGCACCACAAACUGAGGUGUGUAGGAAGAUUCUGAGGGAUUCACCUCAGCCCAGUUGGGACACCCAGUCAGACACUGAAUCUGUGCCUAGUCCAGAAGCCCAGUCCACAAACGUUGAGGUCCUUGGGAUCUGCUAUGACCUCCCUCCCCUAUGGCCAUAUCAACCAGAUAAACAAGCACAGCCUGAACGACUAAUAGAGGAUAGAUUUGACCCAGAUGUCAGCAUGGGUUACACUGAGGAACAAAACCGUAUGAUGGAGCAGAGUUCAUCUUCAAGCACAACUACAGAGGAAGACAGCGCAGUGCACUAUGAGGAAAGAAAGGAUGAAUUCGCACAGACUGCCCUGCGAUUGGAGGAACGUUUAAACACCAUGAGAUCUUUGUCUGAUGCCGCAUCUGAUCCCAUUUCAAUGACAAGAGGAAUAGUAGAUCAGAAAGAAAGAAAAUGGGCGGUCAACAAAUCCAGUUUGACAGGACUGUUCAGAACCUGCCAUCAGUGUGGAGAGCCGGUUCUGGAAUUUAAAACUUUAACAUCCGGGAGUCUGAUUCGGAUUCAGUGGGAAUGCUCAAAGGGACAUCUCAUGUGGCUCUUUCCCAACCACAACCCAACAUAACACACACAGACUGAAACCAGACGGGGAUGAAUGUACAGCAGUGUAUCUAGAUUUAUUAAAAUGUGAAUAUAAAAGAAAUAAAGUUUCUACUUUGGAAUUACAAAAUUGAGGAAUUUUUUUCGUACUUCGACUCAAAUUGUUUGACUCGCUCUGGGAA